CGGCGUCCUCGGCCCGCCCUGGCCCCGCCUUCCGGUGACGCGGCGUGGGUCACCUGACCUGGCUGCCGGCUGAGGAUACACAAGGGAAGUGGCUGUCGCCCAAGUCGGGUUCUCCGCUGCCGUCGUGCCGGGAAUCUCCGGGACCCUCCGCGCCGUCGACCACUCCCCGCGCCAUGCCGUCGGAGAAGACCUUCAAGCAGCGCCGCACCUUCGAGCAGAGAGUAGAAGACGUCCGGCUCAUCCGAGAGCAGCACCCUACCAAAAUCCCGGUGAUAAUAGAACGAUACAAGGGUGAGAAGCAGCUUCCUGUCCUGGAUAAAACCAAGUUUCUUGUACCUGAUCACGUCAACAUGAGUGAACUUAUCAAGAUAAUUAGAAGGCGCUUACAGCUCAGCGCUAACCAAGCCUUCUUCCUGCUGGUGAAUGGACACAGCAUGGUGAGCGUCUCCACGCCCAUCUCCGAGGUGUACGAGAGUGAGAAGGAUGAAGACGGGUUCCUGUACAUGGUGUACGCCUCCCAGGAGACGUUCGGGAUGACACUGGCAGUAUGGCACCAGAACAGUUUAAGUGGGAUGGCAAGAAAACACCUGCUCAACGUUCCUGAUUCCUUAGCAGAAGCGUACCACAAGUCCACACUCUCUGGACAGGUGCAGAAAACCGCUCAAUAGUAAGCGGAAUAAUUUAUAAUUUUGGUCUAGUUUCUUAGGAGGCCCCAAAGAGCGGUAUUUCUUUUGGAUUUUUUUUUUUUGGAGAGACAGAGUCUCACUGUACUGCCCUCAGGUAGAGUGCUGUGGCGUCACACGGCUCACAGCAACCUUUAACUCUUGGGCUUACGCGAUUCUCCUGCCUCAGCCUCCCGAGCAGCUGGGACUACAGGCGCCCGCCACAACGCCCGGCUAUUUUUUUUUUUGUUGCAGUUUGGCCGGGGCUGGGCUUGAACCCGCCACCCUCGGCAUAUGGGGCUGGCGCCCUACUCACUGAGCCACAGGCGCCGCCCUUGCCCGGCUAUUUUUUGGUUGCAGUUUGGCCGGGGCUGGGUUUGAAUCCACCACCCUCGGCAUAUGGGGCCAGCGCCCUACUCACUGAGCCACAGGUGCCGCCCUUCUUUUGGAUUUUCUCUUAAGAGCUCAAACUCGUGCCUGGGUUUGUAAAUAAACAAGUGGUUGUGCCAGCGUCAUCGUUUAGGGCAGUGGCAAAAACCACAGAGUAAGGAAAUUGAAAGCAUUAAAACUCAGAGGCACUCCUACCUUUUGGCUUUAAAGCUAUAGGUGAUCCAUAUUUUUUAUGUUGAAUGUGUAACUAUGAUGUUAUUAAAAGGUUUUCAUAUCUUUAAGAGUAGUUUCAGUUACCAUUUAGGUCAAACUACCAUCAGAAUUCUCCCACUGUAAGUGCAUGUCGGCUGUGGAGAAAACAGCGAAGAGAUGCGUGCUCCUUAAAGACAUCUACAUGAUGCAGCCAUCGUCCAGGUCCAGCCUGGGUGGCCAGUGCUUCCUGUACCUGCAUGGGCUUCGCUGUUCACUGCUUUCCUGGGAGUAGCACGGGAAGAUCACGGUGAUGCCACCGAGACGUGUAGCAGGCCACAGCUCACCCGUGUGUGCAGUACCUGUGUCUGUUAACUCACUGUAAUGGGGGGAAAAGCCAGAGUCCUCGCCUGGACCUUCAACUGAUUGUUAAAGGGGUUCCUGUCAACUGCGUCCCCCAUGUGCAUGUGUCCCUUUGGCUCACUUCCAGUAUGUGUAUUUUAUAUCCUGUGAGUUCUCAGCAGGCUUGUCUUUGGAUUGUAUACAUUAUAUCUUACAUUCUUGUAACUAUUGUGUGAUCAGUAAGAUUCCUAUAAAAAAGAAAAAAUGCCACAUUGGGGAGGCUGUGUGUGACCUAUAUUCCACUUCAGCGGGUGGUCACUUUAUAGGAUCUUUAAAACAAGUACAUUUUAAUGUACUGAGGUGAAUAAAGGCACAAUUAAAAACUGU